GGCAUGAAGACACUGUCUGUAGGCUAAAGACCUUCAUUUGUCCCGACAUCUUGCAGCACACUGUUUUAUGCUUUUAACCAGUAGCGAACGCAAGAACACUACUACUGAACCCAGGUGACAGGUUUGUGGGUUCGCGCCAUUUAUAUUCUCUAUUUCUGAUUUUUUUUCCUCCCAGAGACCCGGUGGGAGCGUCUAUUCCACUCACGCGCGUGCGCUGAACCGGGGAUCAGGCGCGCGUAUGAUGCUGACCGCGUAUCUACCGCCUUUCUUCACAGACACACAUCACCAGAGAUUAUUUACCGAUUCCCUUCCCGACUUUUGGAAACCGAAGCUUCGAAACAAGUCGCCAUAAGGGCAAAAAAAAAAAGUAAUCCGUGCGUGCGAGGACUGAAUCCAUAACAAUGCGCUCAAGAACUGGAUAAACGCGCCUCUCCCUUAUUGAUCGUUAUUAUUAGAGCCCGGAAGGAUGAGGUACUCGGACCCUUCUGCCGGGCGCGAUUUGCUGGGAAAUAGAUCCCUGUGCUUCAUUUUCAUCUGCGCUUUCGGAGUGGUCACGCUUUUGCAUCAAAUCCUAUACGGCAAGAACUAUAUCAAGAGCACGCAACAGUUUACCCGCCUCAAAGGAAAGGAGGUGGGCAACUGGAGCGGCCUCGUUAGUUACCCUGAUGAUGGAGGGAUGAAGCAACCUGCCAGAAUUGUGAGGAAAAGAUGCGUCCGUCAGAAAUUUCAGCACUCAGGGAACGCCGUAGUUAUCUCUCCCUGCCUAGCCGAUAUUGAGAAGAAAAAAAAAGAAAAGAGAAGGUAUCUGGAGAGUUCUAAUGGACCUCUUCUGUAUAACACCACCACCUGCAAAGAACUGCGCCAAGAAAUCAAAGACAUCAAAAUGCUGUCCAUGGUGAAGACAUCAGAGUUAUUUGAUAGAUGGAGAAAUCUGCAGGCUUGUUCAUGGGAGCAGAACAAAGAAGACACCAACAUAUUCAAGAUGUCUCUGUCACGGUGCUGUAAUGCUCCAGCCUUCCUGUUUACGACACAGAAGAACACACCAUCCGGCACUAAACUGCGUUACGAAGCUGAUACCAGUGUCAUCUUGCACAUCGUCCCCGAAAUAUUUAAAAUGCUUCCGGAGGACAUGCCUUACUCAAAAUCCCAGUUUAAAAAAUGUGCCGUGAUUGGAAAUGGAGGUAUAAUUAAAAACAGCAAAUGUGGGAAAGAAAUUGACUCUACUGACUUUGUCUUCAGAUGUAACAUUCCUCCUAUUUCUGAGAAGUAUGCAGCAGAUGUGGGAACGAAGACUAAUCUCGUGACCAUCAACCCAAGCAUCAUCACAGAGAAGUUCCAAAAACUGGAGAAGUCACGACGGCCAUUCUAUGAUGCCCUGACAAGCUAUGAGAAUGCGUCUAUUGUGCUGCCUGCAUUUUAUAAUGCACGCAAUACUGAUGUGUCCUUUCGUGUCAAGUAUGCGCUUGAUGACUUUGGUGGCACUGCUGCACGACGGGUUUUCUUCUUCCACCCACAGUACCUCCUGGGUGCACAACGCUUCUGGUCAGCGCAGGGUGUUCGUGCCAAACGCUUAAGCAGCGGCAUCAUGCUGGCCACAGCAGCAUUGGAACUGUGCCAGGAGGUGCACCUCUACGGAUUUUGGGCAUUUCCCAUGAACCCAGCAGGCAUAUUUGUUACACACCACUACUACGACAACGUCAAACCCCGCCCGGGCUUCCAUAACAUGCCACAUGAGAGCUUCAACUUUCUGCAUAUGCACGCACAUGGAAUCCUGCAUGUGCAUACGGGGGAGUGCAGGUGAUGGCAUUCACUACCAUAACUGCAAAAUGGUCAGCCAUUUAAUGUUAAACGAGGCACUUUCAGUUGACAGCCAGUGGUGUGAAACUCAAAAUGAGCCUCUGAGUGUGAUUGCAUGUGAAAGCUAAUAUUCUUGAGAUGUGCUAAUGUGGUUUCCACUGAGAUGACUUCUGAUCUGGUUGACUGAAUUCAAGCCAGGGGUCGGAUUUAGUGUCUGUAACACAAUACCACUGUCUUUAAGGGCAACCAUUUUGUUUCACACUAUGUUUUUCAUAUAGAUAUCAAAUCCUUUAGUCUGUGACGUUGCUACAUGGUGCUUGUUUUGUGUGAGGUAUUUUGUGCUGUUGUUUUUUUUUUUGUGAAACAUCAAAUCUGUGGCUUUAUUCUGUAAAAAGGCCAUGAAACCUCAACAAGCCAAAAUGUGUCUAAUGCCCACCAUAGAACUAUUUAUCACUUAAAUAUAAAUUACUUAUUAUUGUCAUGAACAAACUCCUGAUAAUAAUUAUGUAAGUGCUUCUUUUAUCAUGCAAUAUUCUUGCAACUCUAAAGACUGGUUGUAAUAAACUUCAGUGUCUCAGCAAACAGAUUUGCAUAGAGAUAGAACAAAACUUUUUUUUUAUCUAGACAAAGCAAGCCAAAAACACCCUAAACAGCCCUGCAUUUAAAGUGACACUGAGAAUAAUGGAAGAAAAAGAUGGUCCUGUUGUGAUGGCCCUGUCACAAUGUUUGAAGUGGAUACACAAAUAUAAAAACAUUUAUAUAUAGGAAUAAUAAAAUAAAAAUGCUUAUCAGCCCUGCUGUAUAAUUUAUUGAUAAGUAUCAGCACAUGUAUCAGCAUAACAAUGUGGGAAUAUAAUCUCACUUUACAGUUGAUGGUUUAAGUAGUUAAACUGUUAUGUAGAAUUUUACAGUAUUCAUUUUUAUGACCCUUUCUCAUAUAUGGAUGAUUUUUCAUAAGAGAUUGUUUUGACUCUGUUACGAGACUGCUUGGACCACCAUAAACCUCACAGUGAACUGCAGUUUUCAGAAAAGUUUUUAAUUCAAUUGAAUUGAAUUAAAAGACAUUUUUACCAGAAGACAAAAGUGGGGUUUACUGCAAAAUUGAUGUCUUAAGAUAUCAUACAGGAGCUAUAGUUUUUCCAAAACUAUAAGACACAGAUGUGACUAAUGAACUAAAAUUUGUCAAUAAAUGGACGUGCAAAUCACAACCAUUUAGAAAAAAUGCAACUUUUUUGUGCCUCUCUGUUUUUCCCUUUUGUUCUUGCUGCCUUUAUGUGUCAUGCAAUCAUUCCGUCUAGUUGCAACCAUUCUCACUGGAAUUCUUUUUGUUCACUGUUCACAUUUCAAAAUCUCAAAAUAUUUAACUCACAUUAUUCAGAACUGCUACUGUUUAACAAAUGUUUAAUGAGUCUCUGUGUGUGGGAUGGGCUGUGUGUUGUGUUUCUAUUAGGAAAUAUGUACACUGAUGCAGAACAAACAAAAUUGAUUCAUUAUGCUCACAUAGAGGUGGUGUCAAGUUCUACUGAAAUGGUGAAUAAUUGAUCACAUUCUGAGGUUGAUUAGUGUUAAUCUAACUAACAAUGUCUGAUUUCUCAUUGGAAGUGCCUUUCCAGUGCCGGACAAAAACACUGUCUUAUUAAGCAUGUACUGCAUAUUAUAAACCCCAUACUAGAAUCAUAACUCAUUCACUUAAAAAUUAAAGAAAUUCACUAAAAUGACAAA